UUGCUUCACCUCGUCCACAUGUACGUUUAAUAUCACCAAGCAGAGUCAGCUGACUCCCCCCUAAUAGCCUCCUGCUUAGUACAGGAAAUACCGGUUAAAAUUGUUAAUAACAACAGCUUGCUUAAAGCACUGCUUUUUCCAGCGGAAGAAGGACUUGUAGUCCGAAAUGUAAAUACACCAGAAAAAGACAAAAAAAACUCAUUAGUCAUCUUGUUUUCGUUCGUUGCUAUGGGCAGGGGCGGUAGAAUAUGCCCAUAGAAACGCCCCCCCCUCACAUUGCCGCAGUACUGAAACAGAGAACCAGCGCAAAAGCCGAGGCAGCGUCGGCGCGCAAUGCGUUAUGGGUACACGCAGCAGCAGCAGCAGAGAUAGCGGAGCCCGGUGAUGUCAUUCUAUAUUUUCAGACACUGGGAUCUUAUUGGCUAGAGUGGUGGUGAAAUACUCCCUGCUACUGUUUCAAACAGCAGCAAAUACAAAUACAUGAACGUUUACUUUUAAUAUUAUUACUUUAUUCAUCAGCUACAGAAGCUUUUUUUAAAAUCUAUUUUUUGUUCGAAAGUAAUUUCGUUGAAGAUUUCACUGCAACUCUUAACAUGAUGAGCAGAUUGGAUACGGUUUUUUUAAAUGUUAUCUUUGUAUUAUAUAGUGUUAUUUGUAUGGAGGAACUCUCCCGCCCUGAGCUGAGACCCAACGAUGCUCAAUCUGGUGCUGAGGAAAGGCGUGCAGUGAUUGGAGACGAUUUCACGUUUUCUCUACGUUCAAAUAAAUCAAACCUGCAGGUUGAGUUCAGGCCUAAAUCUGAAGAAAGUGUGCACGUGUGGUUUGUCAUCAACACCACCGUGAGAUGUGACGUUAAAGAGUAUGAGCGGAGAGUGUCAGUGCGAGACAAGGUGUUACACCUGAGCAGCGUGACCAAACGAGACGAGGGGUCUUACACUGUCUGGGAGAAACGAUCGAGCAAGGCUGUCCAAAACGUCCGUCUCUCCGUGCAAGGCCGCAAGGAAAACGUCACACUGUCAAACGGAGGAACCAAGGAGAUUCGACUCGACCGAAAAAAUGUAACCGUGUGGUUUAAACCUAAGGGCGCUGUCAACUCCUCCAUUGUCGAUAGCGCAGCAGGGUUUGAACAGCGCGUGUCUGUCCAGGAUGGAGUGCUGACGCUGAGGAGCGUGACCAAAGAAGAGGAGGGGACCUACACCGUGCUGGAUCCCGAGCAGCACGAGGUCAGCACCAUCACUGUAACUGUGGAAGACUCAACUGGAACUGAAAGGAGAAGUCCCUUUGGCCUGAUAGCAUUUGCUGCCCUGGUCUUUAUUCUUGUUGCUUUGUUAAUGUGGAAGGGAUUAAAACUCAGAACGAGCAACAUGUAGAAAUGCUAUAGGCUUUAGCAAAUUAUUGUUGGGAGUAGAUGGUGAGUGUAUGGAUGCUUUGGAUGAUAAUGACAUUUUCAAUGAUCAGUUAUUGGCUGUAAAUUAUCAUGUUAAUUUAGGCUGAAUAUUAUGUACAUUUUUUUGUAACAUGUCUUGUUAUUGAAAAAUUGUGCACAAAGCAAAUGACACUCAACCCUAUUUUCACUGUUUUCAUUUAUGUAUGUUUAACUACAGGAUAGUUUGUGCUGCAUGUAUUUAUUAUUUCAAAUGAAAGGCCACGUGUCCUUUCACAUUAUAUAAGCUAUAUUAUAUAAGCUAUAUUAUAUUAUUAAUAUGUGUUGGAGAUGAGAAUAUAUGCAAAA